AUCUGCUUUCGGUUUAUUUCGAUGGCGCUUUUAGAAAUUUUGCAUGUUUAUCUUGGAUUUUAUUUUACGUUAAUGUGGGUAAACUUGACGCAAUGUAGAUUAUACGCACUGCAGACACGCGUUUUAGCGUUUACUUUAGUUUAAAUUAGCAUGAAUUUAAUAGAACAAUUUCCUAGGUGCAGAAUUUCAACAUUACUACAAUAUCUGAAACGAAAUAUUUUAGACUUUUAGCUUAGACUUACUUUAUUUAUUUUAAGCGUUUGUAGGGCAGGGGGACAUUUGCAUAUUUCGAAGCUUUUCCGGGUUUCUACAAUUGUAUGACUCUGCUUUGUUUAUUAUUUAUUUAUUGUUACGAAGGAGGGGGGAGGACACCUGAUUUGACACUAAGGGGCGUUACCAAAAAAAAAAAAAAAAAAAAAAAAAAAGAAGUUUAUUGCCGCCUGUCUUGACUCUUGACGAGCGAGUUGACAGUGGAUAUCCUGCUGCCACCUCAAGACAAGAGCAACAUCAAGACCAACUUCAACCAGCUUUACCCUCCAAGCAAAUAAAGCUGCAAACAUGAGCAGGUGUCUGAUUCACAAAUCUGAGGUGCAGAGCUUCAUUGAGCGCUGUAUGACUGCAGUGGGCACAAAGCAGCACCACGCCCACAGUCUGGCCGAGGUACUGGUGGAGGGUGACUACCGCGGGCACUACAGCCACGGCCUCAACCGUAUGGACAUGUACGUGAAGGACAUCGAGUCGGGGAUCUGUGCCAAAGACGGAGAGCCGGUUGUCGAGAAAGAGAGCGCUGCCACGGCUCUGGUGGACGGGCAAAACCUCUUGGGGCCUGUGGUGGGAAACUUCUGUAUGAAACUGGCCCUGAAGAAGGCCAGGGAGGCGGGCAUUGGCUGGGUCGUUGCACGGGGAUCCAAUCAUUAUGGCAUCGCUGGGUACUACUCCAUGCAGGCUCUCACGGAAAACAUGAUUGGAAUGUCAUUCACAAACACGUCUCCACUCGUCGUCCCCACACGAGCUAAAGAGUGCACGCUGGGCACCAACCCCAUCAGUGUGGCAGCUCCAGCCAACGAUGGAGACAGCUUUGUCCUGGACAUGGCAACUUCUGCUGUCGCCCUGGGAAAGAUCGAGCUGCAUCACCGUAGAGGAGAUGAGAUCCCGAUCGGCUGGGGCCAAGAUUCUCAGGGUAAAAUGACCCCUGACCCCUCCAAAGUCUUGAGUGGAGGAGGACUGGUGCCCAUCGGAGGCAGCGAGGCCACAGGGGGUUACAAAGGCUACGGCCUGGGCAUGAUGGUGGAGGUGUUCUGUGGGAUUCUGGCCGGAGCUGAGUACAGUAAUCGCAUCCGAACCUGGAAAGUCACAGAUAAAGUCGCCAAUCUGGGUCAGUGUUUUGUGGCGAUAAACCCGGAGAACUUUGCUCCAGGAUUCACUGACAGGAUGUCCGACCUGCUGUCCAUCCAGAGAGGCAUGGACCCGGCUGACCCCGAGACCCCAGUGCUGACUGCAGGAGACCCAGAGAGGGCCAACAUCAAGAAGUGUGAGGAGAUGGGUGGCAUCCCUUAUCACCUCAACGUGGUCAACCACAUGAACGCGUGCGCCAAGAGGAUCGGAGUGACCCAGCUGUUACCGGUGGACAGAAUCAUUGCAAACUAAAAUAAAACCCCAAAGCAAUUUCUUCACAUUAACUUCAACCAUUUAAAAAACAUUUAACUAAAACCAAAGUAAACAAUGAUUUUAUGAACUAAGUAGCGGGAGCCAAAGAAAAGCUACGUUUAUUAUUUGACAGUUUUACUAGUGUAUUUCUAUUUUUCAUGUUUGUAUUUUGUAGUUUACAUCUCAGCCUGAGCUGCAAGUACUGUACACACUAUUAUCAUUCCUAAGUGCCUUAUUCAAUAAAACCAGAUGUUACUGAGGAUAUGUGAGUAAACAUGACUAUAAAUGAUUUCUUUAUAUUUGUUAUUGUCUGAGUGGUGUUGGAAAACUAUGUGGUGCUUUAGGUUCAGAUUGUCUUGGCCUGGGUGAGACCUGGUUUAGUUCUGGUUCAUGUUGUCUCUCUCAUUUAGAUAAAAUGGGCAACGAUAGACGCAUUAAAUGCUUUUAAACAAAAACAUUUGAAAUUUCAGGCAAAUGAUUAGGCAUUAUCCGAGGAGAGCCACUGUCCAGGAGGAAACAUGAAGAAAUGAAGAAAUCCUACCAACCUGGAGGAGUUAGUUAGUUACAGCAGAUCCAAGGAAAAACAUCAGAUAUCUAGCUUCAGAAACGGCUCAAACUGGACGCUUUUACAGUUUUUCUCUUGUUGGUUUGGCUCAUUUCUUGAAACAGAAAUGACACUCUCAAACAACAUGGACAAAUCUCUAAACUAUCUUGCAGUCCUUCACAUCAGAAUCACAUUUCUCAUUGAUUUCAUCAAAUUGUAAAUGUCUUAGUGCACAUGUGAAGUGUCUCAGUAGAUCUAUGCACAUGGUUCUGUACAAGUCGCCUACAGUUUGCACAAUGAUCCACG